UGCCAUAAGCGUAUUAUUUUUAAUAUUUGAUUAUUAAUUUGUCAUUUAAUUCCUAAAAAAAAUGUAAAGUUUUAGCUACAGACUCCAAAUACUAUUUUUUCUUUAUGGUAUUGUUGUUCUCAUUUUUACUAAAGUUGUGAUUCUCUUUUCUAUACUAUGAACUUAAUGUCAUUCUAAACAAGGCAACAUAUAUCCUUUCCAAGAGCUGCCACGAGCCCAAAAAGUCAAAUCUACACUUGUUCUAGCUUGGGAUUUGAUCCGGUUUCAGAAAAAUACAAGGUUUUGAAGUUGCAAAUCUGGAAUGAUUUAUUUAGUGGCUAUUUAAAGAGGCAACAUUGUGUGUUAACUCUCGGAGUGGAUAAAUCAUGGAGGGAGAUUAGUAAUGUUUUGGUUAGGUACCCCGAUGCGGGUGUUCACAUUGGCGGUAUUAUCUAUUUGAUUGUAAGAACAAUAAAUAAACAGCAAAUUGUCACUUUCAAUGUUGGAGACGAGAAUAUCGGGUCGGUACCUUUCCCGGGCAUUGAAGUAAAAAAAUAUCCCGUCCCAACGUCCUUGAGAUUGUCAUGGAUGGAAAUCGAUGGCCGGCUUGCCGUCGUUCAUAUGCAAAGUAACAGUUUCGCAGAACGAGUAAUGGAUAUUUGGACUUUGGAGAAAUCAAUGAAAUGGGAGAAGCAUAGCAUUUCCGUUCCAUGGGAAGAGAGUUUAAUAGUUAAAGAUGCUAUGGACAUUGUCUCCACAUGUACCAAUUUAGGCGAGAUAGUGUUGUUCAUUCAGGCAUGGGGGUGUCUAAGAGUUUUAAUUUAUUCAAUUAGAAAACAUUUAUGGAGAAAGUUGGAAGUAUGCGGACUUCAUGAUUAUUUAUAUGAUUAUCAUAGAAGAUCACACAAUGCGGUGGAUUUCAUUCAAGAGAAUUUGUAUUUCUUCUCACAGAAUGAUUGAUUACUUAGUUUUUUUUGUUUAAUAUUAUUGGUUUAUACAUAAGUUGUAGAGCACAAGUUAUAUAUAUAU